GUAUCCGAUUGAACUUUUCAACCUCAAAAGUUCAGGUAAUGAACCAAAAAAUUCAGACCCUGAUUUACAGUAGAUGCUAAGCAAACCCUUAAAGAAGAUUUUCAAUAGCAGAGGUGAUUAUCAAUAAUGAAUAAAAACCCAGACCAAAUGUUGUUCAGAAUUCUAGCAUUAACCAUCACUUUAAUCAACUCUUGUGGCGUCUUGCCUGAAUGACGAAGAUUUUGGGCGUUUGAUAUCUCCUAGUAUAAGAGAGCUUCACCUUCGAAGAUCUCAUCAAAACGAAUAUGUUGACUCUUGGCAUUGUCUCUCUUCUAGUUCCACUGGCUCUUGGAAAUGAGAAGCAUCUUAAAAACUUGGUCCGUUCUGAGUGUCUGGUCAUUACCAAUUCGCCGUCAUGGAUCCACGAUGGACCCCUCAUUCGAAUCGAAGAUCCAUAUGCUCUUCAAGGUUGGGAUCAUUCCAUGGGGAUCACUUCUGGAACCACUUGCUUGGAUAUCGUUUACUUUGGCCCAUGGGAUAUUGCUGGUCUUGAGCCUUGGAAGGGCCUUUAUCUAGACUACUCUAUUAUCAGCGUGGUGGGGCCGGAGGAAGAUCUGCGUCCAUCAAGCAUUGCCGUCUCAGUGAAAGUUUUGGAUCAAGGUUGGAUUCACUUAUAUUGUCCAAAUCAUGGAUGGCAAUUCAAUGUAACCCUCUUUGGAGGGCCUGAGAACAAACAAUUACGACCCAUUCCAAAAUGUCCCACGUCCUUGGCAAAUCAGCACUUCAAUAUUUCAUCCAUUGGAUUUUCCCCUCCUGAUGUCGUUUUUAAUGAUGAAGGCGAAAUUGUGGGCGGAACCGCUUUGGAUGUCUUCAACAUCAUGGCUGAAAAGUAUCAUUUCAAUUACACUAUCAAGACGGAAUUUGCUUGGGGUCAACCUAUUGGUGAAAAUGGGGAGUGGAAUGGCCUUAUCGGAAAUGUGAAAAAUGGAACAUCUGCUUUUGGUGUUGGGAUCAUUUUCAUGGACUAUGAUUACUCCAAAGCUGUGGAUUACUUAGACACUCUGGUAUUCUAUCCAAUUAUCCUUCGAAGCAAGAAACCCUCUAAAUUGCCUGCCUACAGCAAUCUACUUCGACCUUUCUCACUUCUGGUUUGGCUCAUGAUUUUAGCCUUUGUCCCAGCUUUCGUCAUUGUUUUCAUUACCUUUAAACAUUCGGAAGGGGUCACGAAAGGAUCGGAAUUGGCAAGCCAUGGAUUCAUGGUGGUUCGUAUUCUCUUCGGACAAAGUGGGAAGUUGACGACUCAUAAUGAAAGGUCCUCCAAAAUCUUUGUUGGCUUUUGGAUCAUGAUCGUCCUAUUUUUGAGCAGUAUGUAUGAGUGCAACUUGCGAGCUUAUCUCAUGCAUACCUCGUAUGAAAAACCAAUCGAAACAGAGAAAGAUAUUUUGGACCGAGGACGUGACCUGUACUUACCCGUUAGGACUCCUUUUGAUGCCUAUUACCGAGACUCCGAACUGGAUCUGCGUCGCCAAUUGUGGGCUAAAGUUGAGAAGAACCCAAAUCUCUUGUUCUAUUCAGGGAUUGCAAGUUGCGUCUUACAGCACGAGGAAACAAAUCUCUUGGAGAAAGGUGGGGUGGAUUUAUUGAGCCCUGUUAUCUUCUUCGCCCGUUAUCCGAUCAUGAAGGAAAAGUUUGGCUAUGAGCCCUUUUACAUAUCCAAAAAGGCCGUGUUCGAGCUCCAGUUCUCAAUGAUGCUGAAGAAGCAUCAGGACCAUCGUCAAGAUUUGAACUGGGUGGUGCGACAACUUCAAGCAGCGGGAAUUGUUGACCAUUUAAGCCGAAACUAUUUGAGCCAAGAAGCCGUUUUUGGCGAGAGCUUGGAUAACAGACCCAAAGCCUUCACAUUUGAACAUUUCGCUGGAGCGUUUGUCAUCUUAACCAUCGGCCUGAUUUUGGGUUUUUGUAUGUUUCUCUAUGAGAGCCUCUCGACCAAAGAGUGAUCCUCUACAUAGAUUUUAGGAUGUGCAUUACUUGCAUUUUAUGUUAAAUGUGUUCAUUUUUUUGGCUUCCACAUGUUUUAAUUGCAAUGUGUGCCCAAUAUGAGAACCUUUGAUGCAAUAAUUUGAUUUACAGCAAAAUGAAAGGAAGUGGGAAGAGAAUUUGCAAAGUGAACUUCCUUGAAAACCAUACCACCACAAUAAAUAACAUUUACUGCAUUAGAAAAUAA